GGUACUUCAUCAUGGCAGGCAAGUUGGUGUUAGAGGGGAAAAUAAGUAUUAUAAGCUUGCUUUUAGGACUGGGUGUUGUUAUAAUUCCCCUUAUUAGAACAUUCGCUGGACAUCUUGACUGGGUAUUUGACUAUCUCACUGGAGUGAGGGGGAAAAUAGCUAUUGCUGUGUACAUCGCUGUUAUCAAUGGCUUCUUGCUUAUCAUAUACAAGGGACCUCUAUAUAAGGUUGCUGUGCGAGCCUGCUUCCUUGGCUUUACUUUUGGGUGUGGCUUGAUCAUAAGCUUUUCCCAAACCACAUGGACACACUUUGGCUGGUACAUGUGCUCCUUGUCUUUCUUCCACUACUCCGAGUACCUGGUGACAGCCAUCAUUAACCCCCGCAGCCUGUCUCUGGACUCAUUCCUUCUCAACCACAGUGUGGAGUACACCGUGGCUGCUGUGUCCUCAUGGGUGGAGUUCACCAUAGAGAAGCUCACUGUCCCAGAGCUGAAGCAGCUGAGCUGGCUCAGCCUGGUGGGCCUGGUGAUGGUGCUGUGUGGGGACUUCCUGCGUAAGUCUGCCAUGCUGACGGCCGGCUCCAACUUCAACCACAUCGUCCAGAACGAGAAGGCUCAGAGCCACGUGCUGGUCACGGAUGGGGUCUACGCCUUCUUCAGACACCCCUCCUACGUGGGAUGGUUCUACUGGAGCAUUGGCACACAGGUGAUGCUGUGCAACCCUGUCUGCAUCGCGGGCUAUACCAUGGCAAGCUGGCGCUUCUUCCGUGAACGGAUCGAGGAGGAGGAGCUUUCUCUCAUCCAUUUCUUUGCAGAGGACUACCUGGAGUACAAAAAGAAGGUGGGCACCGGCCUGCCGUUUAUUUCAGGCAUCCGCAUCAACAGCUCCUAGGUGUGAGAGAUGGAGUCCUGGAUGUAUGAAAAUGGCAGGCAGACAGACAGGCACUGUGAGGGGCAGCCCUGGUCAGCGUACUGUGGAUUAGCCCCUGUGGUCGCCCGCCCUGGGGUGCUUAGAGCUCACAGAGACUGACACCUAUGAGUGUUGUGAAGGGCUCCCAUCCCCAUACCACCCCCAAGGCCUGGGUAGACUCAUUCAAAAAGAAACCACACCCCCCCAUAUAUUCAACCACCUCUGUUCUCUCUUGUUUGGUUAAAUUGACUACUAUAGACAUGAGUUUGUAUUUUUCUUUAAUCUCCAAUGUUCUGAAGAAGGCUCCCUUUUCUGUUUUUUACCUUAGAGAGGAGUUGAGUAUCUUAAGGCCAGGCACCACACCCUAAUAGGGUAUCCCCCCCCCCCCCCCCCCCACUUAAUCAUAUUACAAUCAACUUUUACCAGUUGAAUGUGGACACAAUAUAAUAUUUUUGUCUUUUUCUGAAACAUUGUAUAAAAAUAUGCAAAUUAGGUUAUACCAUUAAAUAUUUGCAUAUAACACAAAUCAAUUUUUCUGGACACUGGAUGAAGUAAAAAUCAACCUAAAUAUUUUGGUUUUAUUUUGUUAAGACACUCUAGGACCGAACUUUCACAUAUCUGAUUGUGUCAUAAACAUAUCAACAAUUCCCUAUGUAUAAGUCUGGAGAAUACAUCUAAAGAUAACCACAGAAAAUAAGUUGGCGUUUGGGAAGAGUGUGAUUUUUCAGGAAAUGGCAGUAAGACAAGGACUGAAUUAAGACUACCAAACACCCAUUUACACCCAAUCACCAUAUCUUCAAAGUAACAUUCUCUAAGAAAUUGACUUUUAAGCGAUGUGUGAUUUCAAUGUAGUGAGCGUUCAAAUUAUGGAUGUAUGUCCAUUUAAAAGUGGUUACAGUUCAUGACAUUUUGAUGACGUUAGUAUGAUAAACUAACAAGAAUAUUUUUAUAAACCUUUGGAUAUUUUUUACUUUUUGAAAGUACAAAAAUUCAUUGACAAAUACCCCCCCCAAACUCUAAAUUGCUAGGUUUGUGCAACACUUUAGCCUGUGGUGCCUGGCCUUAAGUGGCUGCUGAAUUGAUUUUAGCUUUGGUUACUGAGUCAGAAGUGCUGUAAUGAGCCUGGUUGAGUUUCUGCUAUUCCUUGUUUGUCUGUCAUAUCACAGAGUCAUCAUUAUUAGGCCUCAGCAUUGACAUCAGAAUGGUUUUACACAAUAUUAGGGAUGCACACAGGGCUCUAAAGUGUGACCCAAUUUGGUUGAAUAUGCAACAAAAUAUUUUGCUGUGCGAACUGCAGUUUUAAUUUGGGAGUACCAGUACGGGGAAAAAAUGUCAAUUUUUAUAACAAUCUGUUGUCAUGAUAAGGCUUCGCUGUACCGCUGUUUCCUAGGUGCAGAUUCGUUAGCGUCAUGAUGGCACCUUUACUACAGCAAAAAUGGCUUGUUUCUAAUACAAACAGUUUAAAAAAUCUGACCCAUAUCAGAGAUACUUUUGAGAUGGGGAAACUCCAUUGGAAUCGUAUUGUCGCUGGGUCAUUCUGGGACAAGGACAUUUCUAAAAUUUCAGGUUGUGCACUUAAUGUUUUAAAGUUUGGAGCACCAGUUUUACCCAUACAUUUUUUAUGUAGAGCCCUGGAUGCUAAAUUUAUCAGCCCUCAUGCAUGCAUUACAUGACCAAAAGUAUGUGGACACCUGCUUGUUGAACAUCUCAUUCAAAAUCAUGAGCAUUAAUAUGGAGUUGGUCUCCCCUUUGCUGCUAUAACA